AUGCGUAUUACAAAGUUUCGGAAGUCCGGUGCAUAUGAAUUGCAUAGUGCUGAUUUAAGUACGGACCUACGUCCCUGGCAUCUGAAGGUCACUUCAAAUCCUCGAAGACUCUUAGCUACUGUUGUUAACGUAGCUGGACAUCAAGCUCUACUAACAAUGGCCGAAGAGCAACAAAUCUCGCAACUCGAUGCUUAUCCUCGCGAAUUCCGCGAACAACUCGCAAUCCGAGAACUCGAUGAAAACGGAAAACCGUUUGAGACUUUCGAGGAUAUGCCUGGAACCAACAUGGAUUUACGCAUGGCUCUAGAAGACUGCGAGAAGGCUAUCAACAAGUUCUUUAGUACCUAUCUUGAAAACGCUAUGGAUAUCAUGAAAGUGUGGAACACUACAAUGUACCACACCUUGGGCGCGUCCGUUGUGGAAUUCAUUCCGCCACAACAUUCGUACACAGCCAACACUUUGGCUGUACUCAAGAAUAUGCUGACUCUCUGCCAACAAUAUCACGACUCAUCUGCUCUUGAUGAUGACCACGACGAUUUGGUGUUCAAGAUGAACAACUUCGUCUCAAUGACCGAUGUGGAAGCGCAAGCGCAGCUGUGCCAGGAUUGCUGUAAUUCAUUAAAGUAUUGUGUCACAUUCCUUAAGAAGACAUGGGUGUCUCAAGAGUCACUUCUGCGUUUCAAUAAUGGGAUACGCCUCGCAUUCGCUGGCAUCCACAUCAUAACAACGGUAUUGCUUCCAAGACUCGUCAUUGCAUUUGAGAGUUUGGGCCUCUCACACCUCACGGAUUCCCGCCUGGCAGAGCUGCAAGCAUGUAUACGCCACCCGAACUAUAGAACAUUGCUUUGCCAGUCUAUGUCAUUGAUCUGUAGACAGGCCACACGCUACUUCAUUGGUUCGAUAUCUGUCAUCGAUCUGUGCCAACGUAUAAUGGAGAUACGCCCAUUAAGUGUUCGAGUAUUCCACGAAACCGAAAUCUGCAUGCUGCAUCAGUAUGUGCGUGCAAGGAUCGCCGAAGAUAAACUGUACCGAAUCGCUACCACUCUGCAGACGUUCAGAGAACUCUAUCAACGUUACGACGUGCAACUUGAAAUGACAACCAAUACGCUGAAUCAUUGGCUGCGAGGAGUGCAGCGACUGUACCGUAUCUCCAAAAUCUGUAACAGCCGCCAUGCUCGCGCUUUGGAGUCUCUCAAUUUGAUGAAGGAGCUCCAUGAUGGGUGCUGCAGGGAGAUCAAGUGGGAAAAUCGGGUAAUGGUGAAAUGGCAACGAAUCGCUCAGUUACUUCGCAGGAGUGCGGUGCCGAACGAACCAACAUAUCUUCGUUUAUUGAGCUUCUUACGCACGUUGCAACAAAAUAAUUUUCGCUGCUUCAAUGAGCUUCUAUCUGCCAGAUCCGUCAUGUUGUCCCUACGUUCGAUGACUACGCAGCUGCACGAGCGAUGUAUUUACACUUCAGAACAUUGUAGAAGUUCAUCCCACGUUUUACGUUUGUGGAGAAACAUCAACUUCCGAUUCAGCGAAGACGUCGCGUGGGGAAAUGACGCAACGACUUACGUCGACCUGGCGAUUGAGCUGGAUAGAGAGAAUCAUGCUUGUGCAGCCUUUAGAUACGUCCGUGUACUGAGAAAUAUUCGCUUCUUGAAGAAACUCCAUGAAUUCGGUUCAGCGGAACGCGUUGUCACCAUUGGCCUGAUAAUUGAUGCUCGUGGUGCUUUGGACGAACUACACGAGCAGUGCGUUUUCGCUAUAACUGACUACAAUCGUACGUUGUCUAAUAUUCGUCAGUGGAAACAGCUGUAUUACUGUUUUGAGAUGGAAUUCGAUUUCCGCAGGAAGAUGGACGCGGGGGCUUUUUAUCCCACACUAUACAGCGACUAUCACACUAGGGUAUAUUUGCUAGAAUUGGGCAAAUUAUGCCUAUUAAGGAAGCGUAAUCGCUCCCUUUAUAUGCAUGUCAUGUGGUCCGACAUUUUUGUAAUACAGUGGCAACAAGCGGAACAUCUGCUGCGCAGCUGCUACUCCCUUCGCCCGCGUAACAACCAAGCCACAGCAGUCCUGCAACAGUGGAGGCUGCACCAUCGCUUCUGCUACGAUGACUUCCUGGGUGCCCACGCCACGCCGAGUAAUUUGCGGAAGUCUGAUUUGUACCGCGUGCGUUGCGAUUUCGUGGCAACUAGCUACUUCCGGGCGUUAAACUCAUGGCGUCUGUUGAGGCAACUCAGUCUCAGUUACAGCAGCGAGCUUACCUGGGCAAACACGAUGAGGAACCAAUAUACGGCGGGGUACUCCACACUCGCUGCAACCUACUUCGGGCAGGCCAUGACUACACUGCGAGUAUUGCAGCAGCUUCAUCAACUCAGCCACAACGAAAUCAUGUGGGCCAAUGCGAUGGCGAUAGAUUGGGGUAACGUAGAACGAGCUCAGAGCCCUUGCGCCGUGUCCGCGAUUCACCACGGGCGCGCCGUUGCCAUUCAUCACUUGUGGAAGCAGAUCCAUCACCAUUGCUACACCGAGCUCACGUCUGCCAAUGAGAAGCGUUUCUUCACCACCAAUGGACCUCGACAUCCGCCUCCAAAUCUGCCCGGCCCUUCUUACAGCUGGCUCCGCCAGAUCUAA